AGUUGGAGGGUGAGAGAAAAUGAAUUCCUUUUCUGAUUUACCUGCAGAGAACUUCAGCAUAGCAGUCAAUACAUCGCAGAUUUUCAAUGCCACUAAUAGCCCACCUUCAAUGUCAAUAACACGGCUUUUUCCAGCCUUGCUAGAAUGCUUUGGCAUAGUCCUUUGCGGCUACAUAGCAGGAAGGGCAAAUGUCAUCACAUCAACACAGGCCAAAGGACUAGGAAAUUUUGUCUCCAGAUUUGCACUUCCAGCUUUACUAUUCAAAAACAUGGUCGUACUUAAUUUUUCCAAUGUGGAUUGGUCUUUCCUAUAUAGUAUCUUGAUUGCCAAAGCUUCUGUGUUUUUCAUUGUAUGUGUUUUAACUUUAUUGGUUGCCAGUCCUGAUAGUCGAUUUAGCAAAGCUGGACUUUUCCCUAUUUUUGCUACACAAAGUAAUGACUUUGCAUUGGGAUAUCCUAUAGUUGAAGCUUUAUAUCAAACGACAUACCCAGAAUAUCUCCAGUACAUUUAUUUGGUGGCACCAAUCUCUCUUAUGAUGUUAAACCCUAUAGGGUUUAUCUUCUGUGAGAUCCAGAAGUGGAAGGACACUCAAAAUGCUUCUCAAAACAAAGUGAAAAUUGUGGGACUUGGACUCCUGCGUGUAUUACAGAAUCCGAUAGUAUUUAUGGUCUUCAUUGGAAUUGCCUUCAACUUUAUUCUUGAUCAAAAGGUGCCGGUAUACAUGGAAAAUUUUCUUGAUGGACUUGCAAAUUCUUUUUCUGGAUCAGCCCUAUUUUAUCUUGGUGUUACAAUGGUAGGAAAAAUUAAGAAACUGAAGAAGUCAGCAUUUGUUGUACUAAUUCUUCUCAUCACCGCUAAACUCCUGGUGUUGCCACUUUUGUGCAGAGAAAUGGUGGAACUCUUGGACAAGGGCCACAGUGCAGUAAACCAUACGAGUUUAUCAAAUUAUGCCUUUUUGUACGGUGUCUUUCCUGUGGCACCAGGGGUGGCGAUCUUCGCAACACAGUUCAACAUGGAAGUGGAGAUUAUAACCUCAGGGAUGGUAAUAAGCACAUUUGUGUCUGCUCCAAUCAUGUAUGUUUCUGCCUGGUUACUGACCUUUCCCACUAUGGACCCAAAGCCAUUGGCAUACGCUAUCCAGAAUGUUAGUUUUGAUAUAAGUAUUAUCAGCCUUGUCUCUUUGAUCUGGUCUCUGGCUGUUCUUCUUUUGAGUAAGAAGUAUAAACAACUUCCUCAUAUGCUCACAACUAAUUUACUCAUUGCUCAGUCUAUUGUCUGUGCUGGAAUGAUGAUAUGGAAUUUUGUUAAAGAAAAAAAUUUUGUUGGACAAAUUCUGGUGUUUGUUGUGUUGUAUAGCUCCCUCUAUAGCACGUACCUGUGGACAGGCCUUCUAGCAAUUUCUUUGUUUCUUUUGAAAAAGCGAGAGAUGGUACAAAUUCCCGUUGGAAUCAUCAUCAUAUCAGGCUGGGGAAUUCCUGCCCUCCUUGUGGGUGUGCUUUUGAUAACUGGAAAGCACAAUGGAGAUAGCAUUGACUCAGCCUUCUUUUAUGGAAAAGAGCAGAUGAUCACCACAGCAGUCACCCUGUUCGGUAGCAUUCUGAUAGCCGGGGUGGCGCUCAUGUGCAUGAACCGCACCACGCAAGCUGGACGCUACGAAGGCUUUGACCAUUCUCAGAACCACAAAGCAGCAGAGUCUGGAAACACUGCUUUUGAGGAGAAUCCAGUGCCAAUAACUGAACCAGAACUUUUUACCAGCUCUAUCACAGAAGGAAGUUGCUGUUCCUGCUCUAUGGGAAAUGGUGAGUUGCACUGCCCAUCAGCAGAGCCAGUAGCAAAUACAAGCACCAGCGGUUCUGUUCCUUCUUCAUUUGAAAAAAAUGAUCAUUGUGUGAGUCGCUGCAACUCCCAGAGCUGCAUAUUGGCCCAGGAAGAAGAACAGUAUCUACAGAGUGGAGACCAGCAACUGACUCGACAUGUGUUACUGUGCUUACUUCUCAUUAUUGGCCUGUUUGCUAAUCUUUCCAGUUGUUUAUGGUGGCUAUUCAACCAAGAGCCUGGAAGACUAUAUGUUGAGCUACAGUUUUUCUGUGCUGUAUUUAACUUUGGCCAGGGAUUUAUUUCCUUUGGAAUCUUUGGAUUGGACAAACAUUUAAUCAUCCUACCUUUCAAGAGAAGACUUGAAUUCCUAUGGAACAAUAAAGAAACCACAGAAAACAGGGAUUCUCCUGUUCCUGAGGAAAUAAAGAUGACCUGUCAACAGUUUAUUCAUUAUCACCGUGACCUCUGUAUUCGAAACAUCGUCAAGGAAAGAAGGUGUGGUGCAAAGACUUCUACUGGGACCUUCUGUGGCUGUGACCUAGUGAACUGGCUGAUUGAAGUCGGCCUUGCAUCUGACCGUGGGGAAGCUGUGAUAUAUGGAGACAGACUGGUGCAAGGGGGAGUCAUUCAACAUAUUACCAACGAGUAUGAAUUUCGGGAUGAGUACCUAUUUUACAGAUUUCUUCAAAAGAGUCCUGAACAGAGUCCUCCUGUUAUUAAUGCAAGUACCCUCCAACAGGAGAGAUAUAAAGCAGCUGAGCCUUCAUCAUCCCCAUCCUCACUUUCCCCGAAAGCCUAAAUUAUGAAGGAGAGAGUGCCACAUGGAGUCAUAUUCUAGCUCCGGUCCUGUUACUGAUUAGCUGUGUGACCUUGGGCGGCUCACAACCUCUCUGAGCCUCAGUUGCCUCUUUUGUAAAAUGAAGGGGUUUGGUAAGAUGAGUUCCACCCCACAAUAUCAUUCUAUGAUUUUCUGUGUAUGCAAAACAUGUAGGAAAUGGGCUUAGAAAAAAGAAAAAAAAACUAAUCAAAUUUUAAAGUUCUGAUAAUGAACAUAA